CAAAUUAGUAUUGUAUUUCUACUCAAAGCCAACUACAAAAAGCCGUAGGUUUUAGUUAGUAUUUAAAAAUAUCAUAAUGGUGAACACCGACGUAUACAUUGUUUCUGCAGUUCGUACCCCUAUGGGUAGCUUUGGCGGUAGCCUUGCUUCUCUUCCAGCUACUAAAUUGGGCUCAGUUGCCAUCAAAGGUGCUCUUGAAAAAGCAAAGAUUCAAGCUUCUGAUGUUCAAGAGGUCUUCAUGGGCAAUGUUUUGUCAGCUAACCUUGGACAAAAUCCCGCUCGUCAAUGCGCUUUGGGUGCCGGACUAAAAGUUGACACCGUUUGUACCACUGUUAACAAGGUUUGUGCUUCAGGAAUGAAGGCCGCCAUCCUUGGUACUCAAACCAUUAUGACUGGUAACGCAGACAUCGUUGUUGUCGGAGGUACCGAAAGCAUGUCCAAUGCUCCUUACUAUGCUACUAAGAGCCGUUUCGGUUCUAAGUUCGGUAAUGUCGAACUUGUCGAUGGUCUUUUGCGUGAUGGUUUGUCGGAUGCUUACGAUGGUCUUCCUAUGGGUAACGCUGCUGAACUCUGUGCCGAAGAACACAAGAUUGACCGCGCUGCUCAAGAUGAAUUUGCCAUUUCUUCUUACAAACGUGCUCAAGCUGCUCAAUCGUCUUCUGCUUUUGAAAAUGAAAUUAUCCCUGUCGAGGUCUUUGGCGGACGUGGUAAACCCAACAAGGUCAUUUCUGAAGAUGAUGAACCCAAGAACUUGAACGAAGACAAGCUGAGAUCUACUCGUCCCGUCUUCAAGGGUGAUGGUACAGUUACUGCCGCCAAUGCUUCCUCGUUGAAUGAUGGUGCUAGUGCUAUGGUUUUGGUCUCUGGUACCAAGCUUAAAGAAUUAGGAUUACAACCUCUCGCGAAGGUUCUUGGUUGGGGUGAGGCUGCUCAAACUCCUGAACGCUUCACUACGUCUCCUAGUCUUGCCAUUCCUAAAGCUUUGAAGCAUGCUAAUGUUGAAUCUUCUCAAGUCGACUAUUACGAGAUUAACGAAGCUUUCAGUGUUGUCGGUGUUGCCAAUACAAAGAUUUUGGGUUUGAACCCUGAAAAUGUCAACAUCUUCGGUGGUGGUGUUUCUAUGGGUCAUCCUUUGGGAAGUAGUGGUUCUCGAAUUAUCGUCACUUUGUCGAACGUAUUGGCACAAAAGAACGCCAAGAUUGGUGUUGCUGCAGUUUGCAACGGUGGUGGUGGUGCUUCUUCAUUUGUUAUUGAGCGCCUUUAAGCAUACUCCUAUGGCUGUUCUCUUAUACCCGUCAUUCAUUGCCAAUUAGAAGGAUCUUUUAUGUCCUUGAUAUCCUAAAGGAGGAUCAUUCAUCUAUCCUGUAUUAAAUAACUCAUUAAUUUCUUUCGACUUGUUUUACUUGUUGAAUUUUUCGUUUAACAAUUUCUCGUUGAAUCUUAAAUAACUCUAUCAUUAUGAGAUGCGAUACAGAAGUCUUUCAUUUAGAAAAAUAGAAGCAUUCUCAUCAAUUAAUAAUGCAUUAAAACACAUUUGAUUAAUAUCAUGAACAUCCUUACUACUUUUGCAAUACUAUAACUUCCAUUGUCGAAAAUUUUUGUUAACUUGCUUAGUUCUAUGGAGUGCUUUUCGAAUGAAAUUUUGCUAAAAUGAAUUUUUAAACUCACUGCAAGUUUUCUUCAAGGUAUGUAAGACUCACUCUUCUCUUUUUUUAAAUCGUCUUAUAUUAUACUCAUCAAUCUAUAGUAUAAGAAACUUCGU